AUGUUUUUUAAUAGGUUGAAUAUAUGCGAUUGGGGAAAUCGAUGAAUUUGAACUUUUGGGAAUACAGUGGAUCGUAGGAGGGGGCACUUUUUUCGGGCACAGUGAUCGUGGAGUAUUGUGAACAAGGAGAAAGGAGGUAGUUGGAAGUUAGAACAGUGUGUGACGGUCAAUUACCAAACCGGUUGAACUUUCUUCUCGUGGCAGUGGGUCAAAGGAGAUUUAUGAAUGAGCGUCGACAGGGGACUGAACAUGCUGCACAAGCAUGGGAGCAGCAGGCCUCGUAGCAGCCUGCUGCACAAGGGCAGGGGUGCCUUUCUCAAAUCCAUGUCGGAGUUCCCAGUGGAGGGAGGGGAAAACGGUGACAUGCACACUGUCAUGGAGAAUUUCCAGAAGAAGAACAACAUGGUGUCCGGCAGGAGCCAUGUCACCCAUCAUCCACAGGUCACCUCGUCGUCACAGAUGCUGACGACGAACCAGAGCCAGAGCAGCAGCAGCAGUUCGAGCAGGGUGGCCAAAUCCUCCCAGAGGAUUCUUACCUCGUCCUCGUCGAGUGAGAUGAAAGCGAGCUCCAUGAAGAGCGAUCUAAGGGAACUUCAACGCGGCAUAUCAGAGAUGAAGAAUAACAUUUCCACGAAUUUCUCGCAGCGACUGCGCAGCAGCAUGGAGAACCUCGUGGACAGGGACGGAAACGGUACCGAAGAAGGCGAUCUGACGGAACCAUUGGUGACGUUUCCGGAUCCGGACACUCCGCCACCUUCCACGGGAACUGUCACGCUGACAGGAGGAUCUCCUUCGCAGUUGAGCUCGUUGAACUCGUUGAACAAUCUUCACAAUAUGAGCCCGCCGAUCAGUAUGUCGAAUAUUUCGAACAUGACGAAUUUACCUGCUGGACAGGAAACGAUGAAGUUCGAACAGAAGAAGAUGACCAGUGCUUCGAAGACGAAGGUUGUCACAGACGGUUUCAGCGCCGAGAAGGCGACCGCGAACAGCGCCGAGAUGAGAGCUUUACAGGCUGGCGACGUCUCGUACAAGGAGCAGAGCGCCGCGACGGCGGCGAGGGCGCGAGUCGAACUCGAUGGCGUCUCCGCUGAGAAAAGCGUCGCCGCAGCGAGGGAACAGAGAAGCUUAAAAGCUGGCGACCUGUCGCAUCAGGAGAGCAACAAUAUGGCGGCGUCCACCAUGAAGCUGCAGAGCGACUCGUUCAGCUCGGAGAAGAAAGCCAUGGCGGCGCAGCAACAGAGGCAAACCGUCACCCUGACCGGUAUCUUCAACCACGAGAAGCACAUGGCGGCGAGUUCACAAUCGAGCAUCACAAUCGCGUCGAAAGGCGUCACAUCGAAGUCGUCGAUGAUCAACGCGGCCAACGCGGUGAACCAACUGAUGAACGGUAUAAGACCAGCCGAAGAUGAGCUACUCUCCUUACCUCUGGACGAUCUAGACCUUCUCUGCUCCAAAUCGAGCCCACAGGACGUCGAUCGAGCCAUCGACAAGUACUCGAACUUCCUGGACUGUUUCGUGGAACGUUUGAAGGCCAACGAUGGAAAGAACGGCAAAGCUCCCUUACUACUAAACAGAGUGAACGAGAUAAUAAGAAAAGCCUGGGCAGUGCCCACUCAUGGCCACGAAUUAGGCUAUUCCCUUUGUAACACUCUUAGAACACGAGGUGGUCUUGAUUUGCUAAUGUCAAACUGCGUGGCCAGUGAUAAAGAGCUGCAAUUCUCCUCUGCUAGAUUACUGGAACAGUGUUUGACCACGGAGAACAGGGCACAUGUGGUGGAACAUGGUUUAGAGAAGGUGGUGAACGUUGCUUGUGUCUGUACAAAGAAUGCCAACUCUGUGGAUCACUCCAGAGUAGGCACUGGUAUCUUGGAACAUUUGUUCAAACAUAGUGAAGGCACCUGCAGCGACGUGAUCAGGCUAGGUGGGCUAGAUGCUGUGCUGUUUGAGUGCAGAAAGAAUGACAUUGAAACUUUGAGACACUGUGCUGGUGCAUUGGCGAAUUUGUCUCUGUAUGGUGGUGCAGAGAACCAGGAAGCUAUGAUCAAGAGGAAAGUGCCAAUGUGGUUGUUCCCUCUGGCCUUCCACAACGACGACAACAUCAAGUAUUACGCCUGCCUGGCUAUAGCUGUACUGGUAGCUAAUAAAGAAAUUGAGGCUGCAGUGUUGAAGUCUGGUACUCUGGACUUGGUAGAGCCGUUCGUCACCUCGCAUAAUCCCUAUGAAUUUGCUAAAUCUAACCUGGCACACGCUCAUGGUCAGAGUAAAAACUGGCUGGAGAGGUUGGUACCAGUGUUGAGCUCUAAGAGAGAGGAGGCUAGGAACCUGGCUGCCUUCCACUUUUGCAUGGAAGCUGGUAUCAAGAAACAGCAGGGAAACACUGAGAUCUUCCGGAUGAUAGGAGCCAUAGAGCCGUUGAAAAAGGUAGCCAGUUGUCCAAAUGCGGUUGCUUCAAAGUAUGCAGCACAGGCAUUGCGUUUGAUUGGUGAAGAGAUUCCUCACAAGCUUAGCCAACAGGUGCCUCUUUGGUCCACAGAGGAUGUUAGGGAAUGGGUGAAACAGAUUGGAUUCGCUGAAUGUGCACAGAACUUUGUAGAGAGCAGAGUGGACGGUGAUCUGUUGUUGCAGUUGACAGAGGAGAAUCUCAAGGAGGAUAUCGGGCUGACGAAUGGGAUCAGGAGGAGAAGAUUCACCAGAGAGUUGCAGAACUUGAAGAAGAUGGCUGACUACAGUAGUAGAGACACAGGGAACUUGAACAGCUUUCUGCAGUCGAUUGGCCAGGAGUUUUCAAUUUAUACAUACAGUAUGCUCAACGCUGGCGUUGAGCGGGACUCGAUUAAGAGUUUGACCGAUGAUCAGCUACUCACAGAGUGUGGUAUCACGAAUAGUAUUCACCGGUUGAGGAUACAGAGCGCUAUCAAGGAAAUGCAACACAAUCAGCUAGGUUCCUCAGAGAAUGAAUCAUCAGACAAGUCGUUGGAUGUGUUUGUUAGCUAUAGAAGAUCAAAUGGAUCUCAGUUGGCUAGUUUGCUAAAGGUACACUUGCAGCUGCGUGGUUUCUCUGUGUUCAUCGACGUCGAAAGGCUAGAGGCUGGCAAGUUCGACAACAAUUUACUGCAGAGCAUCAGGCAGGCCAAACACUUCCUCCUUGUGCUGACGCCCAAGGCUUUGGAAAGGUGUAUACAGGACAGCGAGUGCAAAGACUGGGUUCAUAGGGAGAUUGUAGCAGCUCUACAGUCACAGUGUAACAUAAUCCCCAUCAUAGACAACUUCCAGUGGCCAGAGCCUGAGGAACUGCCUGAAGAUAUGCGAGCAGUUUGCCAUUUUAACGGUGUACGUUGGAUCCACGACUACCAAGACGCCUGCGUAGACAAGCUUGAAAGGUUUAUGCGAGGAGAAAUUCCAGUCAGAUCAGAUAUUCCAAGAAGCAUCGCGUCAAAAGACGUGUCGCAGCCUAACACACCAGGUAACACGAAUAUGCGACAGCCACCAAAUUACCAGCGUAUGCACAGCAACGAAAGCAGGGGUAGCGAUAAAGAUUCGACAGGGGGGCGAGAUUGACUAGAGGGCCUGCCCACAGCCAUACCGAGCAGGCUUAGAAAAUCGUCGAGUCCGUCCCGUUGGUUAAUGGGCUUACCGCCUACGUCUCCGCGAUUGAAGUUCACCCACACGCACCCUGGAGGAAGUCCAAUCCCGAGAAGACCUCCACGUCAUCCACCAUCUCCAUCCACCAGGUCACGUUCGUUAGAGUUGUUAGAUCAAGACGAGAAGAAAUCAGUCUCGCCUGUCAGAGAGCCAGAGAAGACACAAACAAGACCAAGAUCCAGAAGCUUGGACGGUUUGCUAGAUGAAGAUGGUAUAAUGCCAGACAUGAAGACUGAAGAGUCACCUAAGCCAAGCAAUGAGAGCAACAAAACUGACUCUAACACGUCUCUGGAAACUCUGGACAGACUGUCCGAUGCUAAAGUGGAGGAUAUUCUUAUCCAGGCUGUGCCACAGAGUGUACAGAUCAAAGGAGAACAAGAACCAAUUGUUAAUCUUCAUUCUGAAAAUUGUGAGGAUCAAGUAGCUAAGUCGAGUGAAGCUCAGAGUCCAAGACCAGUUCCUAGACAGCGAGUGAAAACCGCUGUGGAGGUAAAAUCAGAGUCAGUGAACACUGUACAGCAAGAAGAAGCACAAAACUCGCCUAAUCUCGAGGAGUACAGCGACAAAGAGACAUCAAUACGUCCAUCGAAGCCGAAUCGAUUCGUGAACGUGGAUGAAGGAUUGUCAACUGUUGUCUCGAGUACAGAGGACAAGAAGGAGUAUUCACAGACGAGCUCUGACAACAUCGAUCCUUGUGACAACAGCACAGAGUUGAAGGAACGUUUGGUGGUAACGGGAAACGAUAAAUCGACACUGCUCAAGGCGAGGAGCUGUGGUGCAGGGCUAGAUUCCGACGAGAGCAUCUCGUCCAAUGAGUACAAGCCUAAAUCAAGGGAGCAAGGCUCGUUGCUCUCGCUGCCUACGGGGGCUGAGCCAAAACGAAAGAAGAACUUUAUGGACAAAUGCGUGAACAAGGUGCGGUCUUUCAUGAGGAAGUAACUCCGUUAAUGGAGUUACGGUGAUACAAAGACUUAUUUAAUUUUACAAUGUUUAAUGUAACUGUAGUAAAUAAUCGACGUGUUGUAUCGAUCGAACGCGGGUGAUUCCAAGCUAAGCGACGGCUUAGCAUUUUCACGAGAACCAAGUGUCGUAUAUAUUCGCUUGUUAUUGUCGUCAUCGGUUCAAACUGUUUUUCUACUUUGUAUUAGAAAUGUUUUGUUUUCGAGAUGUACAGAAUCGCCUCGACAAACAGUAUUUCCUUUCCCCCUAUUUUUUUUUAUUUCGACGAUGUAUCGUUUAAAAGAAGUGUACAUACUUAGGAUGUUCGAAGGAGAGAAGAAAAAGAAAAAAGAAAAAAAGUAUAAUAUAAUGUUCCCCCACGAAAGCCGAUUUAUAAUGUUAGUGUACACACGAGAAGUAUACACGAUAUUUGAAAAAAUGUACAGCGAAUUUAAGAAAGAAAGAAAAAAAAUUAUUGUAAAGCAUCGCCAUAGUAGUUAAUUACGAGGUAUCGUAAUUUCUACUCUGUACAAUGACAGGCAGCAUAAAAGUGUAACUAAUGUUGUGCCUAUUACAAAGUGUCUUCGUAGAAGUUCAGAAUUAGGAGAUGCGAGAUUGUUCUUCGAUAUAC